UUUGUAUUUUUGUUUCUCACCUACGUGUUGAGUGUGGCUGGAAACCUCAUCAUUAUCACCCUCACACUUUUGGAUUCCCAUCUUAAAACUCCCAUGUAUUUUUUCCUCCGAAAUUUCUCUUUCUUAGAAGUCUCGUUCACCACUGUCUGUAUUCCCAGAUUCCUGUAUACUAUCACAACUGGAGAUAAUACUGUUACCUAUAAUGCUUGUGUUACUCAGUUAUUUUUUGUUGUCCUCUUUGGAGCAACAGAAUUUUUUCUCCUUGCCGCCAUGUCCUACGACCGCUGUGUGGCCAUUUGUAAGCCCCUGCAUUACACGACCAUCAUGAACAACAGAGACUGCGCUACACUUGUUCUCUCCUGUUGGUUUGCUGGCCUGUUGAUCAUCCUCCCACCUCUUGGCCUGGGCCUCCAGCUGGAAUUCUGUGACUCUAACAUAAUCGAUCAUUUUGCCUGUGAUGCAUCUCCUGUUUUACAGAUAACCUGCUCAGACACAGUGUUAAUAGAGAGAGUUAUUCUGAGUUUUGCUGUGCUGACACUCAUUACUACUCUAGUGUGUGUAGUCCUCUCCUAUACAUACAUCAUCAAGACCAUUCUAAGAUUCACCUCUGCCCAACAGAGGAAAAAGGCCUUUUCCACCUGUUCUUCCCACGUGAUUGUGGUUUCUACUUACUCAUCCUACAUAACUGCAACUUUGCACCCUUUGACCAACACGAAUGGCUUCUAA